UGUCCCAUCACGCCGCCGCCAGUCAACACCCCUCCUCUUCUCGGGAUACUCCCUAACCAACGCACCCUUGUCCCCUUCAUCGUUUUGCAAUCUAGCCAACCAAAGCUCCCAGCAACGAUCCUCUCCUGUGCGCCGUUAUCCUCCCUGGACGCGUCCACCCACUCCAGAUCCCGUCGCCGCCGUCUGCGCGCAGCAACUUGUUGCCGGCUUCACCUGCCUCGGCCAGAUGUGGAUUCGACGCCUCGUCACCCCCCGGAUUCGUCUGUCUCGGCUUCGUACAACGCCUCGCCCGGCCUCCAGCUCGUUCGCGUCCGCAGCCGCCUGAGGCAGUGCCUUCUCGCACGCCCGUGCUCCUCCCGAAGGCUGCGCCACCUAACCCAACCAGCAGGUCCCAUCCGCCGCCUCCAUCUCGAAGCCCCAGUGCGCCCAAGCCUCGGAGGCAACCGGAUCCGCCCUGGAUCAGCCUCCCCAAGCCCUCAUCGCCGAACUCUCCUGCUUCUGCGCGCGAUAGCAACGACGAACGAAGCCCAGUCCCUCGCCCCGCCUCUGCUUCCCCGCUUCGCCAAUGCCAAGACCUACAACCCAUCCUCACCGCCGCCUCGACCCUGCUUCUCCUCCUCGAGCUCGUCCUCGAGCACGACGCAGCUCCCGCCGCCGCCUGACCGUCAUCGACGCCCGGACAUCCACUGCUAGAUCUGGCAGGGAACGGAUUCCCUGCGCCCGGAUCCACCACCUCGUGUCGUCCCAGGCCCUCGUCAUCGAACGUGCCAAGAUCCCCGCCGGGGCCGCCGGUGUUGCUCCCAGCCGCCAGCGCCCUACUUCGCCUCCCGCUCGGGAAGGAACGAGCAACACUCACGUUGACCCGCGCAUGGGUCUCGUCAAGCGGCAUCCAAGCCCAGCCGCAGUGCCUCUGCCAAGCCCAAGUCGCCCCGGCCGGCCUGCGCCUCUGCCAAGCCCCACUGUUUUGGCCGAGUUCCGGUAAAGUUGCGAUUGUGAGGAUUCGUUCGACUACGCCCAUUCAUCUUUUUCAUGGACUCGUUCUUCUUCCUAGCGGGAUCUCAG